UAGAAGAGCUCCAUCAGGGUAAAUUGAAGUUAUCCUAAGGAAAAAUCGAUUGUGUAAAAUCACUGAGACUGAAGUAAAGCUGGAAAAGAAUCUACAAGUGAAUAAACCAAGAAGUUUGGAAUUGGAUUUAGGGAAUCUGGGCUUGGAAAUGCCUCAGCCCAGUGUAAGUGGAAUGGACCCUCCUUUUGGGGACGCCUUUCGGAGCCAUGUGUUUUCAGAGCAGACUCUGAUGAGCACGGAUCUCUUGGCAAGCAGUUCAGAUCCAGACUUCAUGUACGAACUGGACAGAGAAAUGGACUAUCAGCAAAGUUCCAGAGACAACUUACUUUCAAUGGAGGACUGCAAAGACCUUGAGAACUUGGAGUCUUUUACAGACAUCCUGGACAAAGAAGCUGCUCUCACCUCAAAGUGGGAGCAGUGGGACACAUACUGUGAAGAUUUAACUAAGUACACUAAAUUAACCAGCUGUGACAUCUGGGGAACAAAAGAGGUGGAUUACUUGGGCCUUGAUGACUUCUCAAGCCCAUACCAAGAUGAGGAGGUGAUAAGCAAAACACCGACACUGGCUCAGCUUAACAGUGAGGACUCCCAGCCUGUUUCUGAUUCACUCUAUUACCCUGAUUUGCUGUUUAGUGUAAAACAAAACCCUUUAAAUUCUUUCUUACCCGGCAAAAAAAUUGCAACUAGAGCAGCAGCCCCAGUCUGUUCCUCCAAGAACGUUCAGGCUGAGGCACCUUUGUCGGACUGUGUUCAGAAGGCAAGCAAACCUGCAACUCAGCCUGCUUCCAGUACACAAAUCAUGGUGAAGACCAAUGUGUACAAUAAUGAAAAGGUGAACAUUCAUGUGGAAUGUAAAGACUAUGUUAAAAAGGCAAAAGUAAAGAUCAAUCCUUUACCACAGAGCAGACCAGUGCUGAGUCAGACACAUGCUGAUGCAGCAAAGGAAAACACCUGCUAUUGUGGUGCUGUAGCAAAGAGACAAGAAAGAAAAGGCAUCGAGUCCCCACACAGUCACAGUACACCUCCUGUUCUGCCUUUUAAAGAGACUCAAGAACUGCUUCUUGGUCCACCCCAGGAAACCCCAGGGCUUGUUGUGGGGGAGAGCAGUCUUUCUGCCAGCACAUCAGCAUCAGAUUCUUCACAGAAGAAAGAAGAGCACAACUAUUCUCUUUUUGUAACAGACAGUUUGGGUGAACAGUCUGCCAAAGGGGAGCCUGAGGAAGACGAGGAUGAUGAGGAUGAUGUUGAAGAUGAGGACCAUGAUGAAGGAUUUGGCAGUGAGCAUGAGCUGUCUGAAAAUGAUGAUGAGGAAGAAGAUUUUGAGGAUGAUAAAGAUGAUGACAUCAGCGAUACUUUCUCAGAACCAGCAGUAACACUUAGUGAGUCUUCAAAGGAUACUGACUUCCUCUCUUCUGCAUGUAGAAAUGGAGCCUUAACAACAGAAAUAAGAACUAACCUUCACCUAGAAGGGUAUGAAAAUGAUUCUGUGGAGGAUUUAAAAGAAAUGACUGCAAUAUCCUCUCGGAAGAGGGGCAAGCGAAGAUACUUCUGGGAGUACAGCGAGCAGCUAACACCAUCACAACAGGAAAGAAUGCUGAGGCCAUCUGAGUGGAAUCGAGAUACGUUACCAAGUAACAUGUAUCAAAAGAAUGGUCUUCAUCAUGGCAAAUAUGCCGCAAAGAAGUCCCGGAGGACUGAUGUAGAAGAUCUGACUCCCAAUCCCAGAAAACUUCUCCAGAUUGGUAAUGAACUGAGGAAGCUGAAUAAGGUGAUCAGUGACCUGACACCAGUCAGUGAACUUCCCCUAACUGCCAGACCAAGGUCAAGAAAAGAAAAGAACAAGCUGGCUUCCAGGGCUUGUAGACUAAAAAAGAAAGCCCAGUAUGAAGCCAAUAAAGUAAAACUCUGGGGUCUCAACACGGAAUAUGAUAAUUUACUGUUCGUGAUCAACUCCAUUAAACAAGAAAUUGUUAAUCGGGUGCAGGUACCUAAAGAUGACAGAGGAGUCAACAUGGAACAGAAGUUGAACAUACUUAUUAAAGACACUCUUGGACUACCUGUAGCUGGACAGACAUCAGAAUUUGUGAAUCAGGUUUUAGAGAAGACUGCAGAAGGAGACCCCACCGGUGGCCUUGUAGGGCUACGAAUACCAAUGUCAAAAGUUUAAGAUGUGACUUCAGCUGUUCUCAACAGCCAGCUUCUACCUGUGUUGUCAAGUACUUCAUUGUAAAUUGCGUUCUGGUCUGCAUGUCAGUUUAGCGUUAUGUAAACACUUAUGAUUAGGUUCCAUUUGUUUUUUAAAUAACAAUGUAGUAAAAAGAAAUCAAAGCAUGAUAUAAAAUGCUUAAUAGCAUUUUUGGACCAUAAACCAGAUAGUUUUCAAAGCUGCUUUAAGCUUAAAUACAGAGAUGAAGAUUCUUUCUAAAAUUAAGUUGUCUAGGACCAGAAUAUGUCACGUUUGUUUUAGAAGCAAAAACAUGGGUUUGCUAGUAAAAAACUUUUUAGCAUAUGCCAGACAUUGUGACAGGUUUAUGCUCCCAAGUAAAAUGAGAGGAAGCUGCUUUUUUUUUCUGGCUAAAGCUAUCAAUUUGAGGAGUUUUUUCGUUUUGUU